AAGUUCAGAGUCUUCAGAGUUUCAGAACACUGUAGCUACUUCAGAGUUCAGUGCAGAGAAUCAGAGAUGGCUAAGCUUGCUGUGUUGCUCACAUUGCUGGCUCUGGUGGGCUCUGUGACAUGCCAAGGCUAUACCGGCAAUGCUAGCCCACCCACACCCAUUACAUACCCAAGCCCGCCAAGCCUGAGCCCGAGCACGCCGCCUACUUAUCCUCCACCUAGCUCGACUCCUCCGAGCCUAGCACCGGUGAGCCCGAGCCCGCCGACAACCUAUCUUCCACCAAGCCCAACUCCUCCGAGCCCGGCUCCGGCAAGCCCAAGCCCGCCGUCCCUAGGGCUUAGAGUUGGUUAUUACAGUUCCUCUUGCCCAAAAGCUGAGCAAAUUGUGAAGGACACCGUCAAGAAUGCUGUGUACACCAACCGCGGCAUCGGCGCAGGGCUCGUCCGCCUCUUCUUUCAUGACUGCUUCGUCGAGGGCUGCGACGCCUCCGUUCUGCUCGACCCGACGACGGCGAACUCGCGGCCGGAGAAGCUCGGCGUGCCCAACUUCCCCAGCCUCCGCGGCUUCGAGGUGAUCGACGCGGCGAAGGCGGCGCUCGAGAGCGCGUGCCCCGGCGUCGUCUCCUGCGCCGACGUCGUCGCCUUCGCCGGCCGCGACGCCGCCUACUUCCUCAGCAACGCCAACAUCGACUUCGCCAUGCCGGCCGGCCGCUACGACGGGCGCGUCUCCCUCGCCGACGAGACCCUCACCAACCUGCCGUCGCCGUUCGCCGGGCUCGACCAGCUCAAGAAGAACUUCGCCGACAAGGGGCUCGACGCCGACGACAUGGUCACCCUCUCCGGCGCGCACUCCAUCGGCGUCUCCCACUGCUCCUCCUUCUCCGACCGCCUCGCCUCCACCACCUCCGACAUGGACGCCGCGCUCAAGGCCAACCUGACGCGGGCGUGCAACCGCACCGGCGACCCCACGGUGGUGCAGGACCUCAAAACCCCCGACAAGCUGGACAACCAGUACUACCGGAACGUGCUCAGCCGCGACGUGCUCUUCACGUCGGACGCGGCGCUCCGGUCGUCGGAGACGGGGUUCAGCGUGUUCCUGAACGUGGUCAUCCCCGGCCGGUGGGAGAGCAAGUUCGCGGCGGCGAUGGUGAAGAUGGGCGGUAUUGGAAUCAAGACCAGCGCCAAUGGCGAGAUCAGGAAGAACUGCCGCCUCGUCAACUAGCCGCCAUUGAUCAUCGGCUAAUGAUCACAGUUCACGUCACAGAAUAAGCUCGUGAUUUUUGUUUGUCAUAUAUUUUCCACCGAUUAAAGGUUUAAUUAGUUAGUUUAAUUUUGCCAUUCUUUUGUUGUAAUUCUGCAUGUAUCUAAUAUUGGAAUUUCAGCAAGUUUUAAUGAGAUUAUUAUUGAUAAGUACUUCCCUUUUUAA